AUGGCCUUAUCGUUAUCGCGCAUUAUGGCCAAUAUAGGUGGCCCGGGCGAGGGACGUAGACGUCUCUACACGACGGCGGUCAUGGCCGUCAUUAUGUACGGUCCCCCUAUAUGGGCAAGAACAGUGAUGGACAGUAGGUCCACUUUACGGGAUGUGGGUAGGUUGCAGCGGCAGCUCGCCUUGAGGGUGAUAAGGGGAUAUCGCACCGUCUCGCACGAUGCGGCGGCCAUUCUUGCUAGAAUGGUGCCCUUUGACCUGGCAUGCAACAAAUUGAGGAGAUCAUACCUCCACCGACGAGAAAUCAUUGCUCGGGACGGAGCGAUAUCCCCUCGCACGAGAGAUGCCUUCCUGGAGGUGGAGCGCCGGCGCUCGAUUGCGAUGUGGCGCGAGCGCCUGUUAGGGUUACCGUCCAGUGGCCCCGGUGCGAUCGUGCGUGACGCCAUAGUCGAGGACCUUGAGGUUUGGGUGGAUAGGGAACAUGGAGCCCUCACUUAUCGGGUCACCCAGAUUUUAACUGGGCACGGCGUUUUUGAGGCCUACCUCUGCAGGAUAGGACGCCGGACUUCUCCGACGUGUCUGUAUUGCAGAGCAGCGACUGAUACAGCGGUGCACACUCUCCUGUUCUGUCCAGCUUGGGCGGAGCAGAGGGGGGAUUUACUUCAGAUUGUCGGAAUCGAUAGGACAUACAAAGCGGUAGUGAGGGCGAUCAUUCGCUCUAAUGAAGUUUGGGCCCUUUUUAUGAAUCUAUGUGAGACAAUAAUGCGGAAGAAGGAGGAGGAUGAAUGA